CUUACAAUCAGUUCAACCUCUUUAUUCUCUUUCUUUCUUGUCAUCAUCUCUCAGUCCUCAACUCCUCACUUUAACCUUAAAAACCAAAAAAAUGGAAAACAUUAUUGAAGCUUCAAAGGGUCCACUAAACCCUAAUGCAGAAGAAUUCAAACCCUCUUACAUCUCCAACCCUACUACUCCUAUUACAUUUCCUUUUCCUCUACCACCACUACCUUAUGGAUACUAUCCUCCACCACCACUACCACCACAACAACCACCAAUGAUGGUCUACUUUCACCACCACCACCACAUUCUCUCUCCUCUCCCACCUUUCAAAUCAUUCCCUCCCUUUAACUUCCCUAAAUCUGAUCACAUAAUCUUACCUCGUGCUGAUUAUGGUCUUGGUCUUAUCACUUCUCCUACUUCUCCUUCUUCUCCUCCUACUCCUCCCACCACCACCACCACCACCGCACCACCGCAACUUCACCGUAUCACCCGCAAAUCUCACAAGUCAAGUGAUCGAUUUUUAUGGGUUGAGAAAAAAAAGCGUCAACUUCCUGCACUACUUAACCCUGACCCAAACCCUGCUCCUUUGUCUGUUUAUCCUUUCGGCGGUUCUACUUCCUUGAUGAUCCGGAACAUCCCUGUUCGUCUUUGUAGAAGGGACCUGAUGAGGUUGCUAGAUGAACACUGCCGCCAUGAAAAUGAGAAGCUUUCUCUCUCUUCUCCUACUGAUAUAUCUGAACCUUUUUCGAUGUUUGAUUUUCUGUACCUCCCUAUUGACUUUAAGAGGAAGGGGAAUUUGGGAUAUGCGUUUGUCAAUUUCACAACUUGGCAAGGAGCAUCAAGACUUUAUAAUUCAUGGAAGGGAUGGAAUUGGGGGAAUUGCUAUUUUCGCACCAAGAAGAUAUGUGAACUUCAUCCUGCCAAAUUUCAGGUACUCUUUCUAUCCUUCACAAGUGUAGGGAGAAUAAUUGUGUUAAGAUUAACCUGGGGAACACAGCUGAAAAAGCACUUCGAGGGUUCGAAAUUCGAGUGUGAAUCUGACGAAUAUCUUCCGAUUAAGAUAUCGCCUGCGCGAGAUGGAAACAACGGCGAGCGUACUAAACUUAUCACAGUCGGUACUCGUAUUUUCUAGCUCAGAUGUGAG